AAUGCGGCGGCAGCUGAUUGGCCAGGUGGGGCCUGCCACGUGGGCCGGUCGCGCGGCAACCCGGCCGCAGCUUCCGCCCGGGCCGGUUUGGGUUUGUGGUCAUGGGCCGGCGAAAGGCAGCGGCAUCCCCUUCUCCCUCCCGGCAGGUGCGGUCCACGGGGAGCAGCAGCGCCGCCAGCAAAGGAUCCGCCGCCGCGCUGGGCUACACGCGGGACCGCUUCGCCCUGAAGAUGCUGCCACCGGGCGGCCGCCGUCGCCGCCGCGCCCCCGUCAUACACCGGGGUUAUUAUGCCCGAGCCCAAGCAGUGGAGCACUGUGUUCGAGCGUUCCUGCUGAGUACUCAGGGCUGCCCUCGGAGGCAGAUCAUUUCCUUGGGUGCAGGCUUCGACUCUUUCUACUUCUUCCUCAAGAGCGAGGGACUCCUGGACCGUGCAGUGAUCUUUGAGGUGGAUUUUCCAGAUGUGGUAUGCCACAAAUCAGCUCUCAUCAGCAGAACAGAGGAGUUGGCUGCCUUGACAGGAAAUGGCGCUUCUGCACAGGCACUGGGUAUGGGGCUGGGAGUGGUCACUUUUUCCGGAGAGGAUUAUAGGCUGUUGGGAGUGGACCUCUCUGAACUGCCGAGGCUGGAAGAAGCCUUGCACGGGGCAGGUCUGGAUCCAAAAGCCCCCACAAUGCUUCUCGCAGAGGUUGUGCUCACCUACAUGGAGGUUGAAAGGUCAGAUGCCCUGGUCCAGUGGGCAGCUGAACACUUCCUGAAGGUGUGGUUCAUCCUGUAUGAGCAGGUCCAUCCUGAAGACCCCUUUGGGUGUGUCAUGCGGAAUCACUUCAGUCGGCUCAACUCCCAGCUGCGUUCCUUGGCCCACUACCCGGACUGCAAGGCCCAGCGGAUGCGCUUCCUUCAGAGGGGCUGGACUGAAUGCAGCGUCCUUGACAUGAAUGAGUUCUAUACCCACUUUGUCCCUGGAGAUGAGCAGCAGAGGAUCCAGGCCUUGGAGCCUUUUGAUGAGUUUGAGGAAUGGCACCUGAAAUGCUCCCACUAUUUCAUCCUUGUUGCUUCAAAGGGAGAAGCGUUGUCUCCGACUCCUGUGUUUCCUGGCCUGGAAGCCUCCUCUGCUCGCUGUCUGCCUUAUUUUACUGGGACUGUCACUGCGUCAGUCUGUGCGUCAGUCACUGGCCUAAGGCGGUAUGGCCAUCGCUCUGUGAUCAUUGCGCCACACGUAGUGCUUACCACAGGUGGUUUUGGUGAACAUGGUGGGCGGCACUGCCGCCUGACCGAGCUGCACGUCCUGAUCAAGCACAAGGGUGUCUGGAGAACUGGCAGUGUCAGCCUGGCUAAGCCUGGAGGAGCCUGGGAUGGGCGGCUCUUCCACACGUUGACACCUCUACGGGCAGGCUGGGCUGUGGUGUUGGGGGGACGCAAGUCCCCAGUGGACCCUGCUGUGGAGGUGCAGCGCUUGAGAGUGUUAGAGGCUGCUGACCCCUUAGCCUCCAGCAGUCCUGUAGUGGAGCUUACUCCGCUGCCUCCUGUCAAGGACCUGCCUUUGCCCCGCUGGAGACAUACAGCAACCGAAGUUGUGCAUCAAGGUGAGGCGUACCUGUUUGUCUAUGGCGGCUGUUGCUCCAGGCAGUCUGUGUUGGCGGACUGGUGUUUCCUGCACUUGGAGGAGGAGCUCUGUGACCAACAGAUUCCUGUAGGAGGCCCUGUCCCAGCUGGCCGGCACUCCCACAGCGCCUGUAGCUGGGCAGGCGGGGUGCUUGUUGCAGGCGGCCUGGAUGCUGCAGAACAGCCGCUGGGCACCAUACUGUUUCUGAGGCCAGCGGAGAGAGGCUUCCAGUGGCACUCUAUUGAAACCCAUCCUCCUCUCACUCCUAGGUACUCGCACACAGCCCAUGUGCAUCGUGGGAAGCUGUUACUGGUGGGCGGAGUUUGGUUCCAUGCUCCUUCAGUGCCUGGCAUGGCUGUGAUAGAUCUGACUACGGGGCUCGCUGCGGAGUAUCACAUUGACACGGCCUCUCUGGAGUGGCCCUUGAUGUUGCACAACCACAGCAGUGUCUUCCUGCCUGAGGAGGAGGAGGUGCUUCUUCUUGGCGGUGGCGGCAGCUGCUUCUCCUUUGGGACUCACCUGAACCAGUAUCCUGUGUCCCUUGCUUUGGCUGAUGUCUGGAGUGAGGAAUGUGUCCUAAGCAAUCCCCAAGGGAAUCUGGCCCACGAAAGAAGAAAGGUUGCACAGCCCUGGCGUGGUGGUGGUGGGGAUGGGUCAGAGCAGGGCACUGGACUGAAGAAGGGCCUUGCCCCGCCCCCUUGUAUACUUGGCACAUAGUGGUUGGCUUGGAGCUCUUUCCAUUCUAGGGUGCUUUCUGAACCUUUUGACAAGAAGAAACUGUUUCUAGGAGGUCAAGUGCCGGAGGGUGAGAAGGAACCAGGGGACAUGGAAGCUUGUUGACAGAUGUCCUGUACCACCAACUGUGUAAUUGGGAUGUGAGCGGGGGAAGAAGGGGAAGAAUGCAAACAGUAAACAACAACAAAAGAGUUGCUCCCACAUUCCCAUCCCAGAUAAUCCUGUAGUGUGUUGUAUGCUGAAGCCUUGUGUGCCAUUGACUUUCAUGCCAAAGGGUAGUUUUAAAUGUUUAAAAACUGCAAGGGAUAAAGGAGUAAAACAACAAAAGUUUGGCUUCCUA